AUGGACAGCGAGGAAGAAGAAGGAGCCCAGUGCAGGACGGAAGAUGUGUUGAGGAAGAAUGGCACCAAGUACUACAAACCAUACUCUGCUGUCUCUGAUGGCUCAGAAAUGGAACCUGACGAGAGUGAGGAUGAAUUACCUGUGGUGGCAGGUGACCUCAGUGUGUGGGCUAUCUCUCCGUCUCCAGGUGACCUCAGUGUGUGGGCUAUCUCUCCAGAAGAGAGGAACAAACAUGACAAACAGUUUGACACCCUCUCUCCCACCAUGGGCUACAUCUCAGGGGAGCAGGCCAGGAAGUUCUUCUUGCAGUCGGGUCUUCCCUCCUCGGUUCUUGCAGAGAUAUGGGCGCUGGCUGACAUGAGUAAGGACGGGAAGAUGGACAGGUUGGAGUUCUCCAUCUCUAUGAAACUCAUUAAGCUCAAACUGCAGGGCACGCCCCUUCUCUCAACUUUACCAAUCAUCAUGAAGCAGCCGCCAGUGCCCGCCCCUAGCCCCUCCUCUACAGACGCCAUGUCCGCCUCGCGCUACGGAAUGGGUUCCGUGCCAAACCUUUCUAUGAUGCCCGGAGGCAUCGCCAUGCUCACCCCCAUGACCCCUAACCUCUCACCCAUGACACCUAUGAGCGGCCUCACCCCCAUGAUCCCAACAGCUACAGGCAUGGCCCCCAUGGUUUCCAUGCCAACGAUGCCCAUGCCCUUGCUGCCGUCCCUUGGCAGCCCCGCUUUGCCCAACGGCACUAUGGGUAUUCUACAGCAACUCCCACCAGGACACAUGGGGACAGGCAUGCCUCCCUCUGCACCCUACACAUCCUCUCCUCUGGGUCUCUCUCCUGGGAUCAACAAAGCUACAUCGCUGUUGGACCUGGGCUCAAGCAGCUCCAACUCGUCCUCCACCACCUCCCUGGCAGGUAGUUCCCCGAAGACCGCUCCCUCUGACUGGGCCGUGCCUCAUGCCUCGCGCCUCAAAUACAGGCAGCAGUUUAACAGCCUGAACAAGCACAUGACGGGAUACCUCACAGGUCCGCAAGUGAGGAAUGCCAUGGCAACCACUCUGCUCACUCAUACACAGCUGGCCACCAUCUGGAACCUGGCUGAUAUAGAUAAGGAUGGGACGCUAAGAGGAGAGGAGUUUAUUCUGGCCAUGCAUCUAGUGGACUUGGCCAAGACCGGACGACCCUUACCCCUCACACUACCAACAGAACUAAUACCACCAUCAGAGAGGGGAUCUGUGAAUGGGACCAGCUUGUCUCUCUAUGCUGGCAUCACUGAAGAACUGGAGGCUGAGCCACCACAGAAAACCAAAAACAACUUGUCGUUUGAGGAUAAGUUCAAAGCCAACCUGGAGCGAGGGAACGCAGAGCUGGAGAAAAGAAGACAGGCUCUGCAGGAUGCACAGAGGAGAGAGGAUGAGAAACGGCAGCAGAAGGAGAGCGAGGAGCGAGAGAGGGAGGUCAGGGAGCAAGAGGAGAGGAGGAGGAAGGAGGAAGAGAGGAGGAUGGAGCUGGAGAGACAGAAAGAGGAGGAGAGGCUGAAGGAGAUGGAGAGAAGAGAGGCGGCGCAGCGUGAGCUGGAGCGCCAGAGGAAGGAGGAGCUGGAGAGAAGGAGGAGAGGAGAGCUGCGGCGCCAAAAGAGUCAGGAACAGGAAGACGUCAGCAAACUGAAGGCCAGGAAGAGAAGUCUGGAGACGGAGUUGGAGGCUGUGGGUAACAAACACAAACAGAUCUCUGAGCGGCUGCGGGAUGCUCAGAGUAAAAGGAAGGUGCAACGCAGCGAGCUGGAUCUGACCAACCAGAAACGAGACACAGCCAGACAGGACAUCAGCUCCCUGCAGAGACAACUAGAGGAGAACCAGAGGAAGCUGUCCCAGCUGACUCCAGAACAGCAGAGGCUCAGUGACAAACUGAGGGACAUGGCCCUCAACAACCUGCCAGUCUCCACCAUAUCCACUCUCAAGCGCAGCACCAGCGAGAAGGACGGAGCCUGUCGUAAACUGAAGCAACAGCUGGAUGCUCUGGAGAAAGAGACGGCUGCUAAACUGGCUGACAUGGAUCAUUACCAGAAGGACAUACAGGAACUGAGAGAGAGCCAGCGGAAGCAGCAGUCGGCUCUGGAUAAACUACGGAGCAUCAAAGAGGACAAAGGGAGAGAACUGGAGAGACAGAGAGAGGAGGAGGAGGAGAGGAGAGAGGAGGAGGAGGCCAAAAGGGAACAGCGUAUUAAACUGCAGAAGGAGCGUCAGUGGCAGAAGCUGCAGAGAGAGGAGGAGGAGAGACAGAGGAGGCUGCAGGAAGAGAGAGAGGCCAAACUGAGAGGAGAGGAGAAGGAGACACAAGCCCGCAUCUUAGCUGCUAAAGAAAAGGUAGAACGAGAAAGCAGAGCGGAGGAGAGGAGAAGACAGGAGGAAGAGGGCAGGAAGAGGAGGGAGGAGGAGAGGAGAAGACAGGAGGAAAAGGAGAGGAAGAGGUUAGAGGAGGAGAGGGAGGAAGAGAAGAGAAGGCAGGAAGAGGUGGAGAGCAAGAGGUGUAAGGAGGACAAGAAGAGAUUGGAGGAGGAGAGGAAGAGGAAGGAUGAGAGAGGAGGAGGCAGCAGGAGAAGAAGAGAGGAUAGAGAGCAAGAGGAGAGGAAGAGGAGGGAGGAGGAGAUGAAAAGGAGGGAGGAGGAGGAGAGGAGAGAGGAGGAGGAGGAGAGGAGAAGACAGGAGGAAGAGGGCAGGAAGAGGAGGGAGGAGGAGAGGAGAAGACAGGAGGAAAAGGAGAGGAAGAGGUUAGAGGAGGAGAGGGAGGAAGAGAAGAGAAGGCAGGAAGAGGUGGAGAGCAAGAGGUGUAAGGAGGACAAGAAGAGAUUGGAGGAGGAGAGGAAGAGGAAGGAUGAGGAGAGGAGGAGGCAGCAGGAGGAAGAAGAGAGGAUGCUGGAGGAAGAAGCGAAGAGGAGAGAGGAGGAGGCGGCGUUGCGGCAGCGUGCAGGGAAGACAGACAUCCACAACAAACUGUCAGCCCUUCUUGGAGGACUAGAGGAGAGGAAAGGUGGUCUGCAACCCCAGGCCACAGAGCACAAGAAGUCUGCGACGCUCACUUCCUUCCGGGCGCUCUACCCUUUCACCGCUCGCAACCUGGAAGAACUCAGCUUUGAAGCCGAUGAGGUCAUCGAGGUGGAUGAGAGUACGGAGCGAGAGCAGGGUUGGCUGUACGGGAGUAGUCAGGGGAAGAUGGGCUGGUUCCCAGAGAGUUAUGUAGAGAGACAGUUAAAAUCAGAGAGACCUGCUACUGUUACUACGACUACCACUGCUGGUGCUACUACUGCUGUUUAUGCUGCUAAACAGGCCCUCAGACCACAGCUCUCCACCCCCAUCAACACUGGGAAACCCGGGGGAGAUGCUUCCAUGUCAAGAGGACAGAACUCCGCCUUCACACCUACACACGCCCCUCACCCCACCCCCUCGGAGCAGGUGGUGGGCAGCCUGCAGGCCCAGGCUCUGUGUUCGUGGACAGCUAAGACAGAGAGCCAUCUGAACUUCAGUAAGGAGGAUGUGAUCCGGGUGCUGGAGCAGCAGGACAGCUGGUGGCUGGGGGAGGUCAACGGGGUUCAGGGCUGGUUCCCCAAAACAUACGUCACACUUCUGGGAGAUAAUGACAAGACCACUGCCCUGACAUAUUCUCCCCCAGAUGAAGUGGAGGCCUCAGAUGCUGCUCAACAGGAAGAGUACAUGGCGCUGUACACCUAUGAGAGCCCAGAGCCUGGCGACCUGACGUUUAGAGAGGGGGAUGUGAUCCUGGUGACCCAGAGAGAGGGAGAGUGGUGGAGCGGAGGCAUUGGAGACCGCACUGGAGUGUUCCCUUCCAACUACGUCAAACCCAAAGAGACCGGCACAUCCAGCAGCUCCGGGAAGCCAGGACAGCCUGGGAAAAAGCCAGAGAUAGCCCAGGUGAGCACUGCCUACACGGCCACAGGAACAGAGCAGCUCAGCCUGGCUCCAGGACAGCUCAUCCUCAUCCUCAGCAAGAAUUCCUCCGGCUGGUUGCUCGGAGAACUGCAGGCGCGAGGAAAGAAGCGUCAGAAGGGUUGGUUUCCUGCCUGUCAUGUCAAAAUGCUGGGAUCUAACAGCAGCAAGUCCACACCAGCACCUCUACCAGUGUGUCAGGUCAUUGCCAUGUACGACUACAAAGCAGCCAACGAGGAAGAGAUGAGCUUCUCCAAAGGUCAGAUGAUCAGUGUGUUCGACAAGAACGACCCCGAUUGGUGGAAAGGAGAGGUCAAUGGGAUCACCGGUCUGUUCCCAACCAAUUACGUCAAGAUGACCACCGCCGACUCCGAUCCCAGCCAGCAAUGGUGUGCUGACCUAAACAGUCUGGAGUCUAUGAGUCCCCAGGAGAGGAAGAGACAGGGUUACAUCCACGAGCUCCUCCAGACAGAGGAGAGAUAUGUAGAGGACUUACAGAUAGUCAUGGAGGUGUUCCAUAAGCCCAUGUCUGAGUCUGGCCGUCUGACGGAAGCAGAGAUGGUCAUGAUCUUUGUCAACUGGGAGGAGCUCAUCGCCUGCAACACCAAACUGCUCAAGGCCCUGCAGUUGCGUAAGAAGACGGGAGGUGACAAGAUGCCUGUCCAGGUGAUCGGGGACGUCUUGGCGUCCGAGCUGGCUCACCUCCAGCCUUACAUCCAGUUCUGCUCCUGUCAACUCAAUGGAGCUGCUCUGCUACAGAGCAGGACUGACAACCAACAGGACUUUAAGGUCUUCCUCAAGAAAAUCGCCACAGACUACCGCUGUAAAGGCAUGCCCUUAUCCAGCUUCCUGCUGAAGCCCAUGCAGAGGAUCACACGCUACCCUCUACACAUCAAGAACAUCCUGGAGAGUACCCAGGAGGAGCAUGCAGACUGCGGGCCCCUGAGAGAGGCCCUGGAGCGGGCUGAGGAGCUGUGUACUCAGGUCAACGAGGGGGUCAGGGAGAAGGAGAACUGUGACAGGCUCGAGUGGAUACAGUCACACGUACAGUGUGAGGGAGUCACAGAGAACUUGGUGUUUAACUCUCUGACUAACUGCCUGGGGCCUCGUAAGCUGCUCCACAGUGGGAAGGUGUAUAAGGUGAAGAGCAAUAAGGAGCUGUGGGCUUUCCUUUUUAACGACUUCCUGUUGCUCACCCACGCUGCCAGACAGUUCAGCUCCUCAGGACCAGACAAACUCUUCACCAGCAAGAACAGCACACAGCUUAAGAUGUACAAGCCGCCGGUGUUCCUCAACGAGAUUCUAGUGAAGCUGCCUGACUCCUCCAGUGAAGAGCCCUUCUUCCACAUCUCCAACAUAGACAGAGUCUACAGCCUCAAAACAGAGAACAUCAAUGAGAGGACGGCCUGGGUCCAGAAGAUCAAGGCUGCGUGUGAGGACUUCUUCCAGAUGGACAAGAAGAAGAGAGCAAAGGCCUACCAAGCUCGUUCUCUGAAAGCCAGUGGAAUCGGCCGUCUGUUAGUCACCGUCCUGGAGGCCACUGAACUGAAGUCCUGCAAACCCAACGGUAAGAGUAACCCUUACUGUGAGGUGACCAUGGGAACUCAGAACUAUACCUCCAAGACUCUGAGUGACACAGUCAACCCCAAGUGGAACUUUAACUGUCAGUUCAACAUCAGAGACCUGUACCAGGAAGUGCUCUGUAUCACCAUCUUCCAGAGGGACCAGUUCUCCCCUGACGACAUCCUGGGUCGUACGGAGGUUCCCGUGGCAACCAUAAAGGAGUUGGAGAACAAGGGGCUGGUGAUGCGCCGCUUGCUGCUCCACGAGGUCCCAACUGGAGAGGUGUGUGUCCGCCUCGACCUGCAGCUCUUCCAAAACAGUGAAUCCAAAUAAGGACAUCCUGGCCAACACUGGAAGCCCAAAUAAGGACAUCUUGACCUGCAGCCACAUGGGGAGGGGAGGGACUUGUUAUAAAUUGUAUCUAAUUGCUGGUCUAGGGUCAGAAACUUAUUAAUCCUGUUAAUGAUUAAGGUUGGGAUCUGGGGUUGGGCCAGGGCUAACUUUUACCUGGAGCUGCAAUGGGAAACACUGAUGAGGUGAUGGGAACCCUCCCUCCUCGUCUGAGGUCAGACCGUCCUUAGCAAUGAUCUGAGGACAGCUUAGUCUUUUAGGACAGUUUACCCUGACUGGUGGUGAGCAGGGUUGGGUUAGUGUAAAGCUGAUCCUAGAUCUGCGUUUAGGAGCAGCUUCUAACAGUAGUUGUUCUACUUGUACCAGCACUAACACUGAUGGCCUGCCUAUGCUCUCCUCUGCUACACACCGGCUCUCAUUCUGCCAAGUUUUUCUUUUGUGAACUCAACCCAGGCCAAUGUUGGAUGAAACUAUUUAUUUAGUGAAGGAUCGUCUUAACUCUAUAUUUGUUCAAGCUAAGAUGUUGUUUGGGAAGGUAAAAUACCAGGUCAAAUGGGGAGAGACGUUAGGAAAGUGUGGUGUUUCCUGCCAUGGAUGGGUCCUCACGUCCAGCGAUAAACUCAGGACUUCCCUGCUGGGCGUUUAUAUUACUGCAUCAUAACCAGCUGCUUUUCUUUUAUCUCAAUCUGUUUUCUCUUUUAACUGCCGGAACAUCUGCAGAGGAUCUUUAGGAUACUGUGGUGGCAUAGAUCUCCUGAUUAACGCUAGUUUUAAAACCAACUCUCUUUCUUUGCAGUAUAAAUGUUCUGUCGACCUUUUAAGGAGAUCUUGUUCUUUAGUGGUGGUGUUGUUGCCUCAGAAAUACUGUAAAAGGAAAAAGCAUCUUUAGUUGAUUCCACUCCUGGGCCCAUAUUCAUAAAGAGGUUCAGAGUAGGAGUGCCGCAACAAGUGCAUUAGAUCAUAGUGAAUAAGAUGAUAUGGACAGAGGGGACCUGAUCCUAGAUCCUAGCCUGGUCCCAGAUCUGUUUGGGCUUUUGCCUACUCCGAUGUCAUUGUCAAGUCAGACUUCAUGUUCUGCAUGACGAUUCCAUAAGGAGUUGGCCAGAGAGCAGUAACAGACGAGGUUGAACUGAGGUAUUCGUUGAGGUUGAACUGUAAGUCCUGUGGUGUCAAUAACUCUAUGUAUUGAUUUACUGUGCUAACAAGAGUGCAUCCUACAUUACUGCCUGAUAUGCAGUGUGUUCACAAUGGGCACAGCACUCACUGAUUCUGGCUUCUAUCAGGAUAAUAA